AUGCACGGUGCCUCACAUAAAAUAGAAGAUAAAAUUGGAAAGAUCCUGCUUUUCAAAAUGAAAGACUUGAUACUAAUGCUGUGCCUCUUGGGAAUGAGUUUUGCAGUACCGGUGUUUCCUCAGCAACCCAGAACACCAGGCAUGGCUAGUUUGAGCCUUGAGAAAAUAAGACGGUUGGGAAGUUUGCAGGGAAUGAACAUGCUUCCACAGUUUUCUAGAUUUGGCUCUGGGAAAUCUUUUAAUUCUUUAUGGAUGCAUGCUCUGCUCCCACCACAUUCCUCUUUCCCAUGGAUGCAACAAACGGAACAAGAAACUCAACAGUAUGAGUAUUCUUUGCCUGUGCAUCCCCCACCUCCACCAUCACAACAGUCCCUGAAGCCCCAACAGCCGGGACAGAAACCUUCCCCCCAGCCCACUGUUGCAACCGGCAUCCUGGACACAGCCCAGAAGGGCGGACUUCACCCUCCAGUUCACCAGGGACAGCCGCCCACGCAGCAAGGAGAGAUGCCAGCGAUUCAGCAGCGGGGGGCACCAUGGGAAAAGCCACCAAAGCCUGAGUUACCAGAACUGAAUUUUUCUGGUCCACAAAUGUUCCCAACUGCCCGUUUGAUAUCUCUGGGACCAAUGCCACAAACUAAGCAAUCUGAACUUUAUCCAAGAAUGUUUUACAUGUCCUAUGAAGCAAAUCAGUUGAAUGCCCCUUCCAGAUUUGACAUCAUGAGCUCAGAAGAAAUGGUGGGAGUCAGAGGAGGCCCCAUGGCCUAUAGCGCCAUGUUUCCAGGAUUUGGAGGCAUGAGGCCUGGCUUUGGAGGGAUGUUCCCCAAUUCAGCCAUGCGUGAGGACUUUACUCUGGAAUUUGACUCCCCAGAUACCAGAACCAAAGGCUCUGAGAAGGGAGAAGGUGGGGCACAAGGCUCCCUUCCAGAGGCUAACCCAUCCAAGCUGGAAAACCCAGCCCUCCUUCCAGAAGUACCACCUGGUGCCCACGGAGGACUUCUUGCUUUCCCUAAGGGCAACAUUUCCAGCCUGGCAAAGGGCCCUGCAGGGCAGAGCAGGGGACCCGCCCCCAGGGCCACCUCAGUAGCUGCUGAACCGCUAAUGACCCCUGGAUUGGCUGAUGCUUUUGGAACCUAUGAUGCUGAUGUGACCACACCACCGGGUAUCCAAGAAGAUGUGACCACAGAUUCCACAGGGACCCCAGACACUGAGCAAACAUCAAUGCUGGUAAUCAAGGUCCAGCAGCCCAGGGUUAUGCAGCAUGGGUGGCAUUUCCAAGAGCCCCGAAAGCCUUGA